AUGGAAGACCCAGUUCAAGACAUUCCAAACAUCAUAGAUCUUAUUCUUUGCACUAGUCAUUCUCAUAAUUCACUCGAAGUUGCAAAAUAUUAUUGCGAAACCCUUGAAUUUAAAAAUUUUAUGACAUAUAUUCCCA